AUGUCGUCCCAAUACGGUGCCGAAGGAACGCCUGCUCCGGCUGGAGGGACCCAGGCAGGUGGCACAUCCCAGCAUAAGCGCGUCUACCAGGCUUGCAUCCCAUGUCGGCGUCGUAAGGUGCGCUGCGAUCUCGGCAGCGUCGACAAUCCCCACGACCCGCCCUGCGUGCGCUGCAGGAGGGAAAGCAAAGAAUGCUAUUUUAGUGCGACGAGAAGGAAGAGGAAGGGCGACGAUGGCGAGGGUAGCGAUGCUGACGACUACACAAUCCGUAAUGGGAGGAAGAGGGUGUACACAAACGAGGACACCCCGCCUGUCGUCGAUCGCCGCCUGUACAGCGAGGCACCUCUGACACCAGGAGGGUCGCACGGUCGAAGCCAACCAUUGCGCCGACCUGACGGAAGUGUCUCCGAUCAAGGCAACCCGGUGGGGCGCACCGACAGCAAUGACUUCGCGGUGGAUGCCGAUGAAACCCAGCAGGUGCAGAAUCCAGACGCACAGACUGUGAUGCGGCCUGGUGUGUACGGUCUUCAUGAUGCUCUUGAUCUACUCUACAAGGCUGCUACAGACACGGACAGGUUGGUUGAGAGCGAGGAGAGCGCCGUGCGUCAGCUUGCUGACAUGAAGCAUAGCCCGCUGAAUGCGCCACGGCCCCAGCGUGAGGAGAGUCGACUGCCUACCGCGUCAAGCUACCAGUCCCGUCGUGGUGCUGAGCAGCCAGAGCGCAAGCGUCAGAGAAACAGUGCUCCUCAGGCUCGGGUCGAGAAGCAAGCUAUUGAUCCCGGGCUCGGAAAGGGCGAUUUGAGUGCCCAGCCCGGCUAUGCAGAAGCUAUCAAGGCAUGGUCAAGGUUUCGAUUUGUACGGGCUGGUUGGUUCACGCCACACGAGGCCAUUGAGUACAUUGACUACUACUACAAGUUCUUAUCGCCAAUGACACCUAUAUCACCCCCGACAUUUAGCAAUCCCGCAUCGCAUCUUACCUUGCUGACGGAGGAACCAAUUCUCGCUGUCACUCUCCUGACGAUUGCAUCACGUUAUCGAAAAAUGCCGGGCACCGGCGGCCAUUGCCGAUCACAUGCAAUUCACGAGCAAUUGUGGACGUACCUGCGUGGGAUGGUAGAGAGAUGCCUUUGGGGUCAGGAGGCAUUCGGUGGAGGGUUCUGCGGUUCCACCUCUGCACCUGUUGUCUCCGACGAGACUCACAGCAGCAGCACCGCGCCUUGGAGGGGCAUGCGGAAAGGAAGCCUGCGCACACUGGGAACAAUUGAGUCUCUGCUGAUUCUGACCGAGUGGCACCCGCGCGCUCUGCAUUUCCCACCACCAGAUGCCACGGACGAGCUCAUGUUACCUGACUUCAACGGGCCAGUCGGGCCUGGAGGGGACGCCACAAAGAACUCUGGCGUCGGUAUUGGUGGCAAACGUCUCGAAAGCUGGCUAGAACCAGCGUGGAGAAGUGAUCGUAUGUGCUGGAUGCUCUUGAGCACGGCGAUGGGCCUCGGCUACGAAAUGGGCGUAUUCGAUGAUAUUGACGAGCUGCUCAAAGACGAGGCCAUUACGAGACCCGAAUACCGCGACGAAAUCUACAGGCAAAGAGCAAAUCGUAUCAAGCGGCUCCUGCUCAUAUACACCAGUCAACUUGCUGGUCGCUUAGGGUGGACAAGCAUGGCCCCGGAACACUUUCGAAGGGCAGAUCCGGCGGUGACCAGAAAGCGCCCCAUGCCUAACGAUGAGAACACACCGGGUACAGCUCUUUCAUCAAGCUUCUCCAAUGCCUUUAUUUAUGUACCCGACCUCGAACUUGAUGACCAGAUCAUCCACUGUUGGGCAGCCAUCACCAACGCCAUGCACCUUGGCAACGAGAAGAUGUUUCGGUCACGAGCACACACUGCGGAGAUCAUCCGGACUGGACAAUACCUGGAUCUUUUGAGAGAAUUCACUCCUCUCCUGCAGGACUGGUUCAGAGAGUUUGAGAGGUUCCGCCUGCCGCCAUACUUGAAAUACAUCCUCACCAUCGAGUACGAGUACGUCCGCAUCUACAUCAAUUCACUUUCGCUCCAAGCCGUUGUCGAACGCUGCACUAGCAAUGCAGGCAAUCAGAACGGAGCGGGAGGCCUGACCAAUUCGGGGGUUCAGCUUUCGCCCCAGACUAUUCUGAACUAUGGGAAAUUACCUCUUGGUCAACUCGGCGGUUUCAGCUCUCACGACCAGGAGUAUGUGCGCGAGGUAGUCGAAGGUUGCCGCAACCUUUUGGGCAUUGUGGUCGACGGCCUUUUACCAGGUGGCUACUUGAAGCAUGCGCCUGUGAGGACCUACUUCCGCAUUAUCAGUGGUGCCAUGUUUCUUCUAAAGACAUUCGCACUGGGCGCGCCACGCUCGGAUGUGAAGAUGAGCAUCGAUCUCAUGGACAGAGCGACAGAAGCUUUGCGCAAUUGUGUGGUUGACGACGUUCAUCUGGGUAUUCGAUUCGCAGACUUGCUCGAAACCUUGACUAGUAGAUUGCGCAACCGCUUCAUACAAGCUCCGACGAUGCAGCAGGCUUCAGGCAAGGGACAAAGCCCUGUGCCGGAUAACAAUGGCACUGCCUCGGCUUCGGCACCGAAUGGGGGCGAGGCCGACUGGGUUGGCAACCAUGCUCAGACAUUGCGGGAUGAGCUCAAUGGCAACCGCCGACUUCUCAGUCCGACGAUGGAGGGUGGUAACAUUUCGGCUACUCCUUUCGAUAUUUCCACCAGCGCAUUCCCUUAUCCCGGUGGCACUUCACUUGGCCCUGCUACGCCCACUGCUGUCCUGGAUCCGAGCACCAAUCCUCAACUGUCGGCGCCUGGUACCGGUAUGGACGCAAACAUGUUUGAUGACUGGAACAAUCCCGGAAAUGAGAUGUGGUACCUGCCCACGGGACCAGCCUUUUUCCAAAACAUGGAGAACAGCAGUGUUGCCAUGACAGCGGAAGGCGUGAACGUAGGCGGACUCGACUUGCUGGACUACCUUGCUACGGAUCCCAACGUUUAUCAUGGAGCGGAUGGGCCAAGCUCCAACGGACCUUACCCGUAG